UGCCGUGGUGUUGGUGCUCAGCUGGUGCUCUCGAACAACAAGUGGUGUCAAAGGCCCCUUGCUUAUGACAGAGAGGCGAUGGUGAACGGGGACACGGAGCUGCGGCACCUGUCGCUGUCACAGAAGCGCGAGUUGGGCGAAAUCCUGGAGGUGCGCGACUCGUGGAAGGUGCUCAUGUCGGCCAUCGAGGAGCCGCCCUCGCAAGGCGACCCUGGCGGAGGACGCAGGCUCAAGUACACGGCCCGGGACCUGAGCGUGCUGGAGCGCGAGGCCAAAGUGAACCCAAGACUGACCGGCGCCGAGAUCCUCUUCGACGAGUGGGGCACCAGUGGCCGCCAAAGACCCACCCUGACCACCCUCGUGAACCUGCUGACCGACCUCAAACUCUACAGGGCGGCCGACUACGUCUCAAUGAACCUGCUCGGCGGAGCGCCCGUCCAGAGACAGGAACAAUUUCACAGGAGAACUUUGACUGAUUUAAUGGAGACAAAGGUAAUAAAGUCGACUGACGAGCCUGCCGCUCAACUGGAAGCGAUUCCUUACCCUGAGCUAGAAAGUUGCUGCGGCUGGGACUACAAGGAGCAGGGGAAGGAAGAGUGCAUAGGGGUUGGCGCCUUUGCCUGUGUUUUCAAAGCCAUCGUCCCUGCCGUGAAUGGAGGAAAACCAGUGGCCGUGAAAAGAUUCCACCAGGGAAACUCCAAGGCCGGAAAACAGUAUGAGGUGGAACUAGAGGCUCUCAAGAGGAUCAAACACAGAAACAUUGUCCGAAUGUUAGGCUACAGUGAGGGGACACACAGGUGCCUGGUGCUCGAGUUGCUGGACCAGGGCAACCUCGAGGACAACCUGGCAUGCAAACGCAGGUCGCAACCAAUCAGCUGGCGGCCACGCGUGCAAAUUGCAUUAGGAACGGCCGAAGCCCUCGCACACCUCCACUCGCAGAAGUUGGUGCACCGAGACAUCAAGAGCGCCAACAUCCUCCUGGACGAGGCCCUGCAACCCAAGCUGGCCGAUUUUGGCCUGAUGCAGGAAGAGGAUGAUGAGGAGCAGGACUCGGAGUCCGAGCUCGAGAUUGCAGGAACCUCCUGCUACAUGUCCCCAGAGGCCAUCACCUAUGGCAAGGUCACCCUCAGAGGAGACGUCUUCAGUUUUGGUGUUGUUCUGCUUGAACUGCUAACCUCCCUGCCCGCCGACGACGACAACCGAACCUUCAGGUCGCUUCUGUUGCAUGUUGAGGAAAUAUGCGGCGAAAAUUCAGUUGCACCCCUUCUGGACACAAAGGCAGGUUUGUGGGGCGGCAAGGGUCAACCUGUGGCCCACGUCCUUUACAACCUGGCAGUCCACUGCGUAAACAGACGAGACGACAUGCGACCAAACAUAUCCAGCGCUGUGGAAAAACUUGUUGAUAUUUUGGCAGUAAAAACUAAAGUUGUUGAUUGAAAAAUUAGUGCGUUUUGCUUUACCUUUUCGGUGUAAUUUAGACUCCAGUUGGCAUCGACGACCUUCGGCAGGUGGUUCUGCACAGAUUUAAGGCUGACAAGGGUAGCGUUUCUCACGUUGUCUAGAAGUUUCAACAGGAGGUCUGUCUUGGCCGCAGGGAAAUGCUGCUCGGUCAGGUAUUCUCUCAGGUCCUGAUCCUGACGAACUGACUCAGCGACGAGGGCCAAAACAGUUGUCAAGCAUGAGUUCAACUCCGGCCCAGGCAACGAGUCACCAGCUAAAAAAAAAAUAUGUU